UAUGAGAACGAUGGCAGCAAAGCAGCAGAGAAACAUCAGCAGCUCUGCAGCAUCCGCAUCCGAACACAAGCGCGAGCUGCUGCUGUCAUUACCGAGCCGAGCCGAGCCAGAACACACACAUAUACACACACACACUCACGCGCGGGGCGGCCAGAGCUGCAUUCAUCGGAACCAGACGACAUGAGCUGCUUUUGGAUACACUCGAUCCUCAUCCCGGGAUUCUUCGUACUCUUCGGAUUUGAAGGAUUCCCGGUGAUCAGCGUGGACAGCCAGAGAUCCACCGACAACAUCACCAUCAGGCAGGGAGACACCGCCGUGAUCCGGUGUUAUGUGGACGAUAAGGUGUCGAAGGUGGCCUGGUUGAACCGCUCGAACAUCAUCUUCGCGGGUGAGGAUAAGUGGUCUCUGGACCCGCGGGUGGAGCUGGUGACUCAGGGUCAGCUGGAGUACAGUCUGCGGAUACAGAAGGUGGAUGUGUUCGACGAGGGUCCGUAUACCUGCUCCAUCCAGACCAAACAGCAGCCCAAGACGUCACAGGUCUAUCUCAUCGUUCAAGUUCCUCCAGUCAUCUAUAAAGUUUCGGACGACAUCACUGUGAACGAGGGCAGUAACGUGACGUUGACGUGUUUGGCCAGUGGGAGGCCAGAUCCCUCCAUCACCUGGAGACUGCUCAACCCGUCAGCUGAGGCUCUGGACGUGGGCGAGUAUCUGGAGAUCUCUGGGAUCAUUCGAUCUCAGGCCGGACGUUACGAGUGUAAAGCGAGCAAUGACGUCUCCACUCCUGAUGUCAAAUAUGUCAGCGUGGUGGUUAACUGUGAGUAG